UCUGGAUGCUGGGCAGGGGCUAUUGUAGGGUGGUAUGUACAUAGAAGCGGGGGACGUGCAGGUGAAGGAAUGUGGCGCCUGUGUUGUUGUCCGUUAUAUUGAAUAGGUCUUAUGUGUGGAGGCGAGAGCUUGGCUUCCAUCCUGCACUGCUGCCAGCUAUCGCCCGUGUCUCUCGUAUACAUCCCCAGUAAUGGCUUCUUGGGGCUGGCAUGUUCUGUUAUGCUAUGUACUCAGCAGCCAUGUGACUUACUCAUGCAGCAGUGCCAGUGUAGACAGCCUCCAUGCCAGCCUCCCCCUCACAAGCCCUGCUGUCACAGGCAGGCAGAGAAGGCUCCCCAUCCUUUCUUGUAUGCCACCCAGUGAUAAUUCCUCCUUCCCAGUCAGUGGAGGAUGUUGAGAAGGGAUCUGCACAGACACCUGGACACGCUCGGUGACUGCUGACUGACCUGCUCUGACAGUGAAGGCUGCUUCUUUAGCCCCAUUGCUUUCUCACAAGAUGUCUUAUUUCGGGGACCAUUUUUGGGGAGAUAAAAAUUCCGGCUUUGCAGUGUUGUACCACAAUAUGAAACAUGGGCAGCUUUCUAUCAAGGAAUUGGCAGAAUUUGUGCGAGAGAGGGCAGCUGUGGAGGAGGCGUAUUCAAAAUCUAUGCAAAAAUUGUCCAAGAUGGUCACCAGUGGAAGCCACCUGGGAACCUUUGCCCCAAUGUGGGAGAUGUUUCGGGUCUCCUCAGACAAGCUUGCCCUCUGCCAUUUAGAACUAAGCAAGAAAUUGCAUGAUUUAAUAAAAGAUAUCAACAAGUACGGAGAUGAGCAAAUCAAAGUUCAUAAAAAAGCCAAAGAAGAGAUGUCUGGCACUUUAGAGGUUAUUCAGCUGCUGCAGUGUAGCUCUCAGCUUCUGCAGAAAACCCGGGACAACUACUGCAGCAGAUUUGCAGAGCAGGAACGUCUCAGGAGGGAAGGAGCCCUGCAGAAGGAGAUGGACAAGGCAGAGCAGAAAACCCAAAAAGCAGCAGAAUCUCUUCGUGGCUCAGUGGAAAAAUAUAACACUGUACGUAAGGAAUUUGAGGAAAAGAUGCUGCAGUCUGCUCAGUUAUUUCAAGACACAGAGGCAGCUCACCUCACACAAAUGAAACGGCUUGUUUCAGCAUAUUCCCAUUCUGUGGAGGAUACUCAUGUGCAGAUUGGGCAGGUUCAGGAAGAGUUCAAACACAACAUGGAAAAUGUGGCCAUAGAUAAGCUGAUCAGGAAGUUUGCAGAGAGUAAUGGGACAGGAACAGAGCGUCCCGAGGCUGUGGAAUUUGAAGGAUUUCGCUUUCCAACAUCUUUGGAAGGUGUAAAGCGUACAUGGUCAAAGCCUUUUCGUAUCCGUGGCUUAAGUAGAAGGGAGAAAGACACACACCAUGUGGAGCAUACUGAUCCAGAUUGUGUGGAUCUUCCAGAUGUUGAUGAAGAAGGUUUUACGAGGCGCCCUGAUGACACUGUAACCAGAGAAUCCUCAGUUGCCUGCUGUUCCUCUAGUGAUUCUGAUUUUGAUGACGAUGAUGAUGAACCACGCCGUUUCAGAAUUCAGAUUAAACCUGCACAGACUGUAGAAGGAGAAGAAGAUGAAGAAACUAAAAUGAAAAGACUAAGGGAGACUGUGGGAUGCAUGAUUCAGCCACCUGCAGCAGUGGUUUCAGUGAGACGGCAGACAGUUCGCACAGUUACAAAUACUGGCGAUGCAUCUGCCAAAACACUAAUGAAUUGUCACACAGAUAAACCUAGUCUGGGUUUUUCCAACACCUCACCAUCCUCUGUAACCAACAGCUGUGAUGCAAAUUCUAUUUGCAACUCCCAUCCUGCCCAUUCUUCAUUUGGACCCCAGCAGGAAUCUGUUUCCGAAUCUGAUGAUUUCACAGUUUGCAGAACAUACACUUUAGCAUCAAGUCCAUCUCCGUUUUCUUCAUCUUCUCCUGAAAAUGUGGAAGAUUCUGGUUUGGAUUCACCAUUCCAUCCAUUUUCUGGCCCUUCGCCGGAUUCCAGACCUUGGACUCCUCGUGAGGACUCCUCCAUUGGGGACUCUGUUUUAGUGACCUCUUCCUUUACUGACUCACCAGCUGAUCUGACAACAUCAAAUUCUACAGGGAAACAGCGGUCUGAAAGAGAUACCUGGGAACACAAAAUAACUGCUCCUAGUCCUCCCUUACCCAGCUGUACAACAACAGGAACGACACAGCUGUUUUCUACCAACCAUGAUUUUUGGGGCAUCACUUCUGGAAUCCAUAACAAUCUGUGUUUCAGUACGGAGUCUUCAUAUGCAACUUUCCGUACACAAAGAAACAAUAACCUUACUGCAUCUAUCAAUCAAUCACUACUGAUUCCUGGUGCUCCAUCUAGUACAACCAGUGAUCGUGGAUUCAUCUCUCCUCCAACUUUAAGUGCUGGGCUGUCUGUUGGAUUAUCUCGUGGACCCAGUCCGGUUAUUCUUGGUUCUCAGGAGUCCCUUCCUGUUGCAGCUGCAUUCACAGAAUAUGUGCAUGCUGUUUUUGAAGAAGGGGUGUUGGAGGGCUCAGGGGUGCGUGUCUCAGGAGAACUCACUAUGUCCUUUCCAUGGGGUAUCCUUCGUGUGUUUGGAGGAUCCACUCCACCUCCUGUGUUAAGCUUUCGGCUGAUCCACACAUCUGAAGUUGAACAUUUCAUUCCUAAUCCUGAUCUUCUUUAUAGUGACCUAUCUCAGAGUGACCCUAACUGCAAAGACUUCUGGCUAAACAUGCAGCGGCUGACUUGUCACCUGCAGAACAUGGCAGAACAGCAAACUGCUCCUUAUUACAAUGUUGUCCUGCUCAAAUAUCAGGUUUUCAAGGCAGGCAUUUCUGCUGCUCCCUUGCAGCUUUCAUCUUCCUGGAAUUGCACUCCCACCUCCACAGAAAUCAGCCUGGAGUAUAAGCAUAACCUGUCUUUGUGUGACAUGCACAUUCUUCUUCCCCUUGAUGAACCUUUAUCCAACUUGCAGUUUGAUCCCCCAGCUCGCUGCUCAGAGAGAAGAUUGCUGUGGCAAAUACCCAAUACAUCACCUGGAAAGGAAGGCUACGGGAAGUUGUAUGCACGUUGGCAUCCACUUGGCAAUUGCAGCACUCCCUCUCCAGCUGCUGCACAGUUUACAUGUGAGGGUCGUACAUUGUCUGGAGUGGACAUAGAGCUUGUUGGAUCUGGGUAUAGGAUGUCACUGGUCAAGAAAAGGUUUGCAGCAGGUAAAUAUCUUGUUUGCUGAGACAAGAUGAAGGUGACUUGGAAAAACGUCAUGCCCUCAAGUCAAGAGAGGGGGAAUAAAUCAUAUAAGGGAUGCUGCAAAAAUAUUUUUGUCUGUGAAAGUAGUAUGGACUAGAAGCACUUUGGAAUUUUUAAGGAGAUUGUUAGGUAUUUUUAUGUCGCAUUCUGCACUGGUCUGAGAAGGAGAGUGAGCAGUUCUAUUCAGACAAUUGACUAUAUGAGAGAUCAUUCCAAGGCACUUCUGCUUUUUAAAGUCUAAAAUCCUCCUUCAUCUUGUAUUUGCAGUUUGUUCACCCUUUUACAGCAGGAACAGUUUAAAGAGGUGUAGGGGCCCCCUAGUUCUAGAGUAUAUCCAUGACUAUUUCAUUGUGUAUGUGAGAAUGAUGGUUUGUAUGCUUAGAAACUAUGUGCAUUUAUAAGAAUACAUUGCACAUGCACACUGUAAUGUACAUAUUUGUACUGUUUCCACUAUUUUGUUUUGUCUUUCUGAAAGGUUAAAUAUUAGAUAAAAUAUAUUAUAAAGAUAUAUUAUAUAUAUUGUGUGUACAUACGAAAUAAAGAAUGAUGGCUGUCAA